CUCGACGACACCAUCCUUCCCAGCCGUCUAUAUUCAACAGCUGCUGCACGAGGUGUUCGUCAUCCCACCCAGACCUGAAGUGCUGUUCUCUCUAGUCGAACAAGACCUAAGCCUUUGCUUCCGGCUUUGUUUUUUUCGUAUCAUCUCAACUGUCUGAAAUAAUCAAUAUUUGCAGGUGGUUGAUCGGAGCAGUUUCCAUGCAGCGGACCUCUCUGUCCACCGGGAUUUGCAACAUAUACAAACCUCUUCCGCCGCACUGGCCAUAAGUGUGAUGCACUCGGACCAUGACGGCGUAGGUUGUGAAACGUGCACCAUGGCACCACCAGAUCCGCAGCGUUGGACUUACACAGACUACGUAUGCUUCCUUCGAAGUCAUGGCUUUCACAAUCUAGCAUGUCUAGACGACUAUCUGCGAUGGGGUGUUGAAUCUGCUCGAAGCCCAGCCGUACCGCGACCGCAAAGAGCGGAAACAAUUCUUCUCGAGUUUGGAACAUCAAGUUUUAGGACGUCGGAUCUGACGGACACCACCAAGCUGAGAGUCUUAUUGAAAGAAUGGACGAAGAAAACACCCUCAACACCGACGACUCCGGCACCAUCCGGAGUUCAAGGGCGGAUCAUCAUGGUCAACAACAUCAGUCCCGAUAUGGUCGACACACUCGGAGGUCUUCUCAACAUCGAACCAGGCUUCUUCGCGUCCCAUCUCGCCGACCAUGGUAUUGGAAACACAGGCGACGUCAACACAUCAUCUCCACUGGCUUCUCAAAACCAACGACGUCAGAAGCAAUUUUUCACUAUCGAGUAUCCAUGUGCAUUUGUGGCCCAUAAUUGUGGCAAGGACGUCGACAUCGAGAAGCUCUACUGCAAAGGGAACUACCGGCGACGAGUAGAAGUAUGCUCGAAAUACGGCAAACACAAAGUCGCCCUUGCCAGGCGGAAAAUUUCAUUCUACAUGAAGAAAUCCCUGGACCCAUGGUUAUGCGUCGUCCUGGUCGACCCACCAAUGACACACUUCACCCUGGGCGCCGAAACAAGUUUCGGCACAUUCUCCCCGAGUCAGCGCAUGGAAAUAUCAGGCUACCAAGGCGGCUACCUCGACUUCAUCGAGAUGCGCCGUCCCGGCAGCAAAGACUCGCACGACUACCGCGCCUGUGGCUCUCGCCCCAUGUGCCCAAACCCUUUUGACGACCUUUGCCGGCACUGGCACAUAAUGGCGCGCGACGGCCUGCUCAACCCGUCCGACAAUACAAUGCUCAAUAUCAUGCGACCGGCCUUCCAGAUCGCUGCGUCCGAGUGCACAAACUUUUUCGACUACGUCCGCACGACUCUCGAGAGCCAGCCGGUUUCCACUGCGCUCGCUCUCGAGCCGCAAAAAGCCAAACGCAUCCUGGAUAAAGUCAUCUCUCUCGACUCCAUGCUGAGUCGGUACAAGCCCAUUCUCACACGGGUGAAAUCGUUCGUAACCUCGGACUCGGAUCUGAACGAUGACUACAGGGCGCUCCUGAUCGACCUGCACCACUACCGCGCCGAGUGUGAUUCGCAGAUGCAGCAUAUUCUCGCUGUCUCGCAGGUGCAGGAUACCGGGAGCCUGACGUCGAUCGAGUCCGAAUCCGUCCGGCAGGCGGACUAUUCGCGCUACUUGACCAUCAUUGCGCUGAUUUAUGCACCAUUCGCACUGGCCUGCGCAAUCUUUAGCAUGCCGCACGACUUUGCGCCGGCGGCCCAUUAUCUUUACGGCUUUCUGCCUGCAACCGCAGGCGUGGCGAUUGUCUUCCUCCUGCUUGUCUUACCGGAGGCGAGAGAUCCGCUGCCCAGUAUCAAGGCCGCGCUGUGUGGGAAACUGACGAGGAAAACGUUGCUCGCGAAGCCGAGUACUCGAAGUUUGAAUCCGGCGCCAGGCGAGAAAUACGUGGAAGAGGUUUGAGCAGAUUUAAUAUGAAGGAGCUACUUACAAACGCUACAAGUGUGCAAAUGAGGUCGGCCGCAACCGCUCGCCAGCACAUUGCGCUCGAGUAAGCUCUGCUACAGCAAAGACGUUGCUUCUUCUCCAGGCCACCCUGUGGAGAGGCUUUGCAAACGAUCUGUGAAACUCGCCUCGUGGCGCAGAAGCCUCCCUGGAGGCCUGCAGCACGAGUUUCGCUGAUCCAAUUCUUCAACGACGAGUCUGUUACUUGUGGUAUUGAGCAGACAAAUGACCCGGCGACGUGCGCCACCUCUCAUGAUUUCGGAAUGGUGUGGCUCCUGCCGAGCCAGUGCGCCUAUAUAUCACACCUUCUCGAUGUUACAUCAUGUCUCAUUACAACACAUAUUAAUGAGGAUCUACGACCGCAGGGUGCAUCAUUUCGUGAAGGUCUCCAUGCAGGCUUCAUGGCACGCUUUUCUUGGAAUUUCCAUCUAGGACUGGUAAGCAUGUAACCUCCCAGCGAAGACGCUGGGUAGGAUCGACGCUCGGAAUACGGGAUACUUGGGAAAGGGAAGCAAAGCAACGUGAGCUACUGUCCUCCGUCUGCUAUGUAUGACGAAAGAAAUGAAUGACCGUGACAAUAUUUGGGUUUUCGAGAGUCCUUCGGCCUAAUAUCAUUUCAUAGCCUCUGCGGAGCUGUUCAAGGCCCUCGAUAAUGUACACAGGACAAUUAUUUGGGGUUUUAUAUCGUACAUCAUGGCUAAGCCUGCCCAGGAGAUCAACAUGAAGC